CGCGAUAUAAAACAAUACAAUACUUAGUUUAGGAACAAACUAAUUGUUAAAUUUAGCUCCACCGUCCAACAUGGAGAAAUUUGAAGGGUACAUCUUCACUGCCCUCUGCAGCACCAACUUCUUGAUAUCCUGUUUGGUGUUUUCUAAAAUCACCCGAGAGCAGAGGGAGCCGUACAUGGACGAGAUCUUUCACAUUCCGCAAGCUCAGAAAUACUGCCAUGGGAAAUUUAACGAGUGGGACCCGAUGAUCACCACCCCACCAGGCCUUUACCUGAUCUCCGUGGGCAUCAUAAAGCCUGUGGUGUGGCUUGCCGACCUGACGGGUGACAUCGUAUGUUCUGCUACUAUGUUGCGCUUCAUCAACCUGCAUUUCAACUGUGGCAAUCUCUAUGUGAUCUACCUGCUCAUCUGCAAGCUGCACUUCAGGGAGAAGACAAGAACAACCUCUCGUCGAGUCCUAUCAGCGCUGUCUCUGUCCACCUUCCCUGUGCUCUAUUUCUUCAACUUUCUCUACUACACUGACGCCGGAUCGACCUUCUUCAUCCUCUUCGCGUACCUCAUGAUGCUCUACGGCUGCCACAAGUCCUCAGCGCUGCUCGGUGUCUGCUCCUUGCUGUUCCGUCAGACCAAUAUCAUCUGGGUGGCUUUCUGCGCAGGCACGCUGGUGGCCGCCAAAAUGGAUGAAGCCUGGAGGACAGAGCACACAAAAAAGAGGGAUGAGAAGUCUCUUCCCUCCCAAGUUCCACUGUCGUUUAGUGGAGCGAAGAAAGUAAUAUCCUUCGCUUUGGAGUUCUUCUGCUCGCCCAGUCACGUGAAGGCGGUGAUGCUGGUGGCCUGGCCCUAUGCGGCGGUGGGCGUCGGUUUUCUGGUGUUUGUGAUUCUGAAUGAUGGGAUAGUGGUUGGCGACAGGACGAGCCACGAAGCUUGCCUCAACUUCCCCCAGCUCUUCUAUUUCUUCUCUUUCUCCCUCUUCUUCUCUCUCCCUGUAUCGCUAAGUUACCAUCGCAUGCUCCGCUUCCUCCAGGCUCUGAGGAAACAGCCAUACAUCUUCCUCCUCAUCAUGGCCGUCUCUCUGCUCCUUGUGUGGAAGUUCACUUUUGUUCACAAGUACCUCCUCGCAGACAACCGCCACUUCCCCUUCUACGUAUGGAAAAAGGUUUUCCAGAGGCACGAAUUUGUGCGCUUCCUCCUUGUCCCCGCCUACGUCUUCGCCGGGUGGAACUUCCUGGACUCCUUUAAGUCGCGCUCUCUUCUCUGGAUGCUGGCGUACCUCGUGUGCCUUGUGGCCGCCACAGUUCCCCAGAAGCUCCUGGAGUUCAGAUACUUCAUCGUUCCGUACCUGAUGUAUCGUCUGCAUAUGCCCCUCCCAUCACUCCCUCGUCUCCUGCUGGAGUUCCUGCUGUACGCUGCCAUAAACACUGUCACCAUUUACAUUUUUAUCACCAAGACCUUCCAGUGGCCGGACAGCACGGCCACUCAGAGGUUCAUGUGGUAAAGAGGAGCUUCAAACACGAUGACCUAUAAACCUUCUGCAGUUUCUUAUGACUGUUUAGUUUUAAAAAUCCUAACUCAAGAUGAAUAAGAGACCAAAAAUGAUCACAGCCAUAUUGUAAAAAGUCUUUUGUUUUCAGGAUUCUGGAGUUCUUGAUUACUUUUGCCGCUGAAGAACACUGAUGGACUGAGUUCUUUGUAAUAAUAAGACUGUUUGAUUUACUGUUUCUGAUUUCUACUUGACCAGUUUGACAAAGCUAUGAGGAGCUGCC